AUGCAGCACCCGCCUUCUCUGGUGCUGCUAGGCGCCGUUUCCUCCCUCGCCGCCGUUGCUGCUGGCAGCUUGCCGCGCGGCGUAGGGCCCGAGUUUGCCUCCCACUACCAAGACAAGACCGAAUUCAGCUGCAUCUCAGACGUGUCCAUCACUCUGAGCUCGGACCGCGUCAACGACAACACCUGUGACUGUCCGGAUGGCUCCGACGAACCUGGCACCGCUGCGUGUGCACACAUCGACCCUCUUUCUCCCCCGCAACCGCUUCCCGGCUCCGGAUCAGUCUCGGCCAAGGCCCAGCCGGUGCUUCCCGGGUUCUGGUGCGAGAACAAGGGCCACAUUGGCUCCUACGUACCAUUCCUCUACGUCAACGACGGCGUGUGCGACUACGACCUCUGCUGCGACGGCUCCGAAGAAUAUGGCCACGUGGGGGGCGUCAAGUGCGAGAACCGCUGUGUCGAAGCCGGCAAGGAAUACAAGCGGCUGGCGGCCGAGAAGAAGCAAAAGAUGCAGAGGGCCAUCAAGCAGCGGAACGCUCUGCUGAGCGAGGCCCAGCAGCUCCGCCAGAAAGCCGAAGCCAAAAUCGUCCAGUUGAACGCCGAAAUCAAGAGCCUUGACGCGAAAAAGGCCGAGCUGCAAAAGAAGUACGCCGCAGCUCAACUCCAGGACCGGGGCAGAGUCGUGAAGAGCCAGGGGGCCGGAGGCAAGCUCGGUGUCCUUGUUGGAGUGGCCAAGCCCCGGGUGAAUGAGCUGCGCAACACGCUCGACAAGGUUCUGGGCCAGCGGAAUAAUCUGCGUUCCCGGGUGGAGGAGUUGGAGUCUAUUCUCCGGAAGUUCAAGGACGAAUACAACCCCAACUUCAACGAUGAGGGCGUAAAGUCCGCGGUCAAGUCUUGGGAGGACUAUGCUGCCAGGGAAGCCGACACUGUUCAUGAACAAGUUGUCGACUCUGACGUCGACGAGAUUCUCAAAGAGGACAGUGAGAGCAGUGGCAUUAACUGGGCUGAGUUUGAGGGCGGCGAGGAGGGUUCCGAUACUGAUAUCUUGUAUAAAUUUGAGGCCUAUCUGCCUGGCUUCCUUCACGGAUUCGUCCACGACACAGCUACCGCUGUAAGACUGUGGCUCAUUCAGAACGGUGUCCUGGCCGACAAUAGUCCUUCCGGGGCAGAGUCGCAGGUGGUCAAGGCCGCUCGUGAGGCGGCUGAAGCAGCCGAGAGGGAGCUUCAAGACAAGAUUCGCGAUCGCGACAGCGAGACGGAGGACCUCGAGAAGGACUACGGACCCUCUGACAUCUUGCGCGGCAUCAAGGGCAAGUGCAUCAGCAUCGAUGCCGGUGAGUACGAGUACGAGCUCUGCUAUCUCGACAAGACGAUGCAGAAAUCCAAGAAGGGUCACGGACACACCAACAUGGGCAACUUUGUCCGCAUCGAUUGGCAGCUGGCCGACGACGAGGAGAGACUGGAUGGGAAGAGCCUCGGCAAGGGCGAGCGCAUGGUGCUCAAGUACGAAGACGGGCAGCAGUGCUGGAACGGUCCCCGACGAAGCACCGAGGUUUGGCUUGGAUGUGCAGACAAGGAGGAGCUCUGGCGGGUCAGCGAGGCCGAGAAGUGCGUGUACAAGAUGGAAGUUGGCACUCCGGCCGCCUGCGAUGGCCGGGAGCCGCGACAGGAGAAGAAGGACGAGCUGUAG